GCCUUUUGCCAAUAAGCUUGCGCCUAAGAUGCUGCGCUUGUCUCGUUCCCGCAUCUUCGCCCGCCACGCGUCGUCGUUCGCACGCAGCGAUGGCACGCCCAUGUUCUCCAAGAUCCUCAUCGCCAACCGCGGCGAGAUCGCCUGCCGCGUCCAGCGCUCGGCCAAGAAGCUCGGUGUGCGCACGGUCGCUGUCUACUCGGACGCAGACGCGAACGCGCAGCACGUCAAGAUGGCCGACGAAGCCUACCGCCUCGGACCCCCGCCGGCCGCCGAGAGCUACCUCCUCUUUGACGAGAUUCUCCGCAUUGCCAAGGCGUCCGGCGCGCAGGCCAUCCACCCGGGCUACGGCUUCCUCUCGGAGAACGCUGCCUUUGCACGUGCAUGCGCGGCCGCCAACGUCGAGUUUAUCGGCCCGCCGGUGCCUGCCAUUGAGGCCAUGGGCUCCAAGAGUGCGUCCAAGGACAUUAUGAUCCAGGCCGGCGUGCCCGUCACGCCUGGCUACCACGGCGACGACCAGAGCUACGAGCGUAUUCGCGACGAAGCGGCCAAGAUUGGGUACCCGGUGUUGCUCAAGGCCGUGCUUGGUGGCGGCGGCAAGGGCAUGCGCAUUGUCGAUUCGGAAGCUGAGCUCGAGGAGGCCAUGGACGCGUGCAAGCGCGAGGCCAAGGCGUCGUUUGCGAGCACGGACAUUCUCGUCGAGAAGUACCUGCGCCGCCCGCGCCACGUCGAGCUGCAGAUCUUUGGCGACAAGCACGGCAACGUCGUGCACCUCUUUGAGCGCGACUGCUCGGUCCAGCGCCGGCACCAGAAGGUCCUCGAGGAGGCACCUGCGCCCAACAUGAGCGAGGCGCUGCGCAAGAAGAUGGGCGAUGCCGCCGUCGCGGCGGCCAAGGCCGUCGGCUAUGUCGGCGCCGGCACGGUCGAGUUUCUCCUCGACGAAGACGAGUCGUUCUACUUUAUGGAGAUGAACACGCGUCUCCAGGUCGAGCACCCCGUGACCGAGUUUAUCACGCAGCAGGACCUCGUCGAGAUGCAGCUCAAGGUCGCGGCCGGCCAGAAGCUGCCGGUGGCCCAAGAAGACCUCAAGAUCCACGGCCAUGCCAUCGAAGCGCGCAUUUACGCGGAAAACCCGUACAACAACUUUUUGCCGGGCAGCGGCAAGCUCCACCACCUGCGCCUCCCGCCUCUCUCGGACUCGGUGCGCGUCGACACGGGUAUCGUCCAAGGCGAUGCGGUCUCGAUCUUCUACGACCCGAUGAUUGCCAAGCUCGUCGUGCACGGCAAGGACCGCCAGGACGCGCUCGACGGCCUCGUCCGCGCCCUCAAGCAGUACCAGAUUGUCGGUCUCCCGACCAACAUUGAAUUCGUCGCGCGCACGGCCGCCCACCCCGAGUUUGUCAAGGGCGGUGUUGACACGAGCUUCCUCAACAAAUACGGCGACGAUGUGCUGGCGCCGUACCCGUCGCUGCCGCCGCAUGCGCCCGUGCUCGGCGCGAUCGCGCUCCUCCUGCAGCAACAGCAGGCCAAGGCGGCGUUCGAACCCACGACGGCCGAUCCGUCGUCGCCGUGGUCGAGCCUGAAGAACUACCGGUCGCUCGAGACGCUGCAUCGGACGUUCUCGCUCCAGCACGACGCGCACCCGAUGAACUUUGAUGUCGCGUGCCUCGCCGACAAUGUGUUUGACGUGGUCGUUGACGGCGCGCCGGCGCAGCGCGUCUCGGGGUCGAUUGACGCGAGCGGCGAUUUCAACCUCGUCAUCGACACGCACGCUUACACGGGCACGGCGGUCGUGUACAAGAACGACUUGCACUUGUUUUGCAACGACGGCUCGCUCCGAUACGACUACAAGCUCACGAUCCCCGAGGCGUCGUUUGACGGCGAAGGCGCGGGUGCGGGCGGCGCGUCGUCGCUCGUGACGCCGAUGCCCGGCAAGAUCAUCAAGGUCAUGGCCAAGGCGGGCGACGUCAUCAAGGAGGACCAGCCGCUCUUGAUCAUGGAAGCGAUGAAGAUGGAGCACGUCAUUCGCGCGCCGCGGGACGGCGUCGUGGGCGAAAUCAACUGCGACGUCGGCGAUUUUGUCACGGACGGGCACGUGCUCGUCGAGCUCGCCAAGGACGAGUAAGCUCCUGGCCCUUUCCUGUACAACAACACGACCUUUCGUCGAUGCCACCAACCACGGCGCUGAAUAGAGCUACUUGCGUUCCGAAUACC